AUGAAUGACAUGAACCUGAGUCCUGUGGGCAUGGACCAGCUCAGUGUGCCCUCUGUGAGUGCCAGCCACCUGGGACUGCCCACCUCCCCUACACACAACCCCAUUCCUACGCCAGGCAUGCCAGUAGCCAUCCCCAGCCUGGGUCCCUCGCUGGGUUCCCUGCCCUCAGCCCUGUCGCUCAUGCUUCCCAUGGGCCCACUGGGCGACAGAGGAGUGAUGUGUGGCCUGCCUGAGAGGAACUACUCCUUGCCUCCCCCUCCAUACCCCCACCUGGAGAGCAGCUACUUCCGACACAUACUGCCAGGUAUCCUGUCUUACCUGGCAGACCGUCCACCACCUCAGUACAUCCACCCAAGCAGCCUCAACAUGGAUGGCACCCUUUCUGUGGCAAGUAACAACCCCUCAGGUUUAGACCCUUACAGCGGCCCUGGGGGCCCGCUGGAGCAGGACCUGGUACCCUUGGACUCCAGACAGGUCAGUGGCCAGGGGGACCUCCACCAAGCUGGCACACAUGAGUUGGACUCCACAGGCCUGGCCAUGGAGUCCCGUGUCAGCAGCCCCAUGUCCCCUGACAGAAUGGGCGAAGAGCUGGCCACCAUGGAAGGUGUUGGGGUAGUGACGGUGUCUGACACUCAGCAGCAGCUCGGAGGAGGGCGGCAGCCUCAGCCACACGAGGGCCUGACUGGUGUGGACUCUUCUGGGGGUGUGAUGCCCCUCCAUGGACCCCCAGUCCUGGAGCUGCCAGUGGUGAUGGAACAAGAACACCUGGGGCCUCGGGUGGGCAACACUGGGGCAGGAGGAGCAGGAGGGCUGGGGGAGCAACUCCACACAGCUGGGGAACUGAACUCUGGGGUUGUCAGUGUUGUGCUCACAGGCUCCAUGGCCGCCCAGGGCCAACUAGAGCCAGUGCCCCUCCACGGGCAUUCUGGGAUCGGACUGGAGGCCGUGAAUGUGUCUCCCAUCACAGCUGAGGUGUCUUUGGGGCCCGAAAGCAACCUGGUGCUGGUCAACUCCACCCUGCAACUGGAGGACUCCACCUCCAGCAAGGAGAACAUGGUCACUACAUAUACAAUCUGGUGUACACUGUGUGAACGCUCAUAUACCUCAGACUGCCCAGAGCACGGCCCGGUCACCUUCAUCCCCGACACGCCCAUCCAAAGCCGGGCUCGCUUGUCUCUGCCGCGCCCUCUCUGCCUCCGCAUCUCAGUAGCUGAUGAGCCGCUUGGAGUGUUCGCGCGGGAUGUUAUUCCUCCAAGGACUUGUUUUGGACCAAUGGUUGGGCAGCAUUGCAGCAAUGUGGAUCUCUCCGAUUGGCCAGAGAAAGACAGACCUCAAAUAUGGAAGAUGUACCACAACAAUGUGCUGGAGUUCUGCAUCGUGACAGCACAUGAAAAUGAAUGCAACUGGAUGAUGUUUGUCCGCAAGGCAAGGACCCGGGAGGAGCAGAACAUGGUGGCCUACCCUGCUAAUGGCAAGCUGUUCUUUUGCACAACCACAGAGAUCCACCCUGACCAGGAGCUGCUCUUCUAUUAUAGCAGAGACUAUUGCAGCCUGCUGGGGGUUCCUCAGGUUCCUGAAGGUCAAAUCUGCCAGUGCGGCAAAGAGUGCUCCUCUUUCACUGAGCUCAAGUCUCAUCUUAGCAGCCAUAAUAGUAAUCACAGCCAUAGUCAACCUCCACAUAGUCUCAGCCCCUCCCAGCAGGACCAUUCCCAACAACAACAGCAACAACAACAACAGCAGCAGCAACAGCAACAACAUCAACAACAACAGCAGCAGCAAGAGCGGCAAACACAAACACAGCAACACACUCACCAGGAAGAGAAACUCACCAACGGGACCUCUAGCACCUCGUCAUCCCCCUGGCCCUGCCUUUCCCACAACACAGGCCAUACAAACAGCGAUGACAAUAACAGCAACAACAAUGAUGGCAGCAACAGCAGCAACUGUAACACAAAGUCUAAUAAUACUACCUCUAGAAAUGCGAGUGGUCAGGGGCAUGUGCGGGAGAAGAAGUUUAAAUGCAGCAUGUGCUCUCGAGCGUUCAUCACAUCCACAAAACUCAAUGUGCACUUCAUGGGCCAUGUGGGGAUGAAGCCUCACAAGUGCGAAUACUGCAGCAAGGCCUUCAGUGACCCCAGCAACCUCAGAAUGCACCUAAAGAUUCACACAGGUCAGAAGAACUACAGGUGCACAGUUUGCGAGAAGUCCUUCACCCAGAAAUCCCACGUGGCGUCGCACAUGGUUAUCCACACUGGUGCUGAGAAACUCAAGUGUGACCUCUGCGACCGGGCGUUCAUCAGGAAGCAUGACCUGAAGCAGCACAUGUUCUCUCACACACAUGAGCGUCGAAUUCAGUGCCCCAAGUGUGACAAACAUUUUCUGAAGACCAACCAUCUAAAAAAGCAUAUGAACUCUCAUGAGGGCCGAAGGGACUUUGUCUGUGAGAAAUGCCACAAAGCUUUCCUCACCAAAUACCACCUCACCCGCCACCUAAAGAUAUGCAAAGGUCCAAAGACGGAGAGAGUGUCCCGCAAAGAGCAGGAGGAAGAGGAUGAUGAAGAGGAGGAGGAGGAGGAAGAUGGAAGGGGAGGAGGUGGAGAGAGACUUGACUCGGCCAGUAACAAGGACUGUAGUUUAGAUGUUGGUGGAUAUAGCUCUGAAAAAUCCUUAUCGCCCCCACAUUGA